UCCCUGCUCAAUCAUGCGGCAUUGCUCACUGGUCAUCACUGCUGGGAAGUGAAGAGAGAUAUGAGCAAGCAUUUUCUGUGUUUUGUGGCUGCAUUGUGUUUUUCUUUCAUUAAAAUAUUUUGGACUCUACACAAUAGGAUAACCCAAAAGUAUAUGUUUGUAAGUUCAGAGCUUUUUAUUUUACAUAUUCUGUAUUUGUUUUGUUAAAGUCAUAGAAAUAGUGAGAUGUACAGUAUGCUAGAAGUACAUUGUGUUAGUCAGUGCUGUGAGGAUCUUCCACUUGUUGCACAUGGCUGCAUCCUAUUGCCUUUACACAAAGAAGGAGGAGGAGUUGGAGCAGAUUUUAGGGCGCUCUUUGGGACAGUGUUUGUUGAUUUCUCAUUUGCCUCUGGACUUAACUAUGGGCCUGGUCUCACUGUCACGAUGUGUGGAUGUAUGCAUUGCUUUGAGUCUACUGCCAGUGAUUAUCUGCUCCAGAGUCAUUUUGUCUGCAAGUCUCAAAGAGUCCACAGAUACUGGGCUUAGACAGAAGCAUCACUCUGUUGUUGCUCUGCAUAACAAACUGCGCAGCCAGGUCAACCCCAUGGCAGCCAACAUGCAGAAAAUGGAAUGGAGUUUGGAGCUGGCUGAAGGGGCUGAGGAGUGGGCUGCUCAGUGUAACCGUGGAGCCCCUCCUCUGCAUCUUCUCUCUUUACAGCACAUAGGUUGGAACAUUCAUGUGUCGAUGUAUGGUCUGGCCUCUUUUACCAACGCUAUUGACGCCUGGUUUAACGAGGGGCCAUUUUCAUAUUCAACUGGACAAUGUCAAGAGAAUAGAACCUGCCAAUAUUAUACACAGCUUGUGUGGGCAACCUCCAGUCGUGUAGGCUGUGCAAGUCAGCUGUGUUUGAAGAAUAAUUUUGAGUGGAACAUGUUUGUCUGUGCAUACUACCCAGGGGGGAACUGGGAGGUGAAUGGUCAGCUGGUGAGGCCCUAUAGGACAGGACAGUAUUGUUCCCUCUGUACCUCCACCAUGUCUGGUUGCUUUAAACUGUGGGAUCACAUUGGUGGAUUAUGUGAGGUUCCCAGAAAUCCAUGCCAUAUGAACUGUGGUAAGCAUGGUCAUCUGAAUGUUUCUUUGUGCAAGUGCCACUGUGAUGCAGGUUUUACUGGGCGUUUCUGUCAAGUGAGGUGCAGUGCACCGUGUGUACAUGGUCAUUUUAAAGAGGAGGAGUGUUUCUGUCAGUGUGAUAUCGGCUAUGGUGGAGCUGGAUGUUCUGAAAAAGUACAAUUUCCUCUCAGUAUGUGCCACAUGUUGAUUGAUGAGGAGUGUUUCACUAUUUCUUCAGAAGCUACCACCUACUACAGAUCUAAGAUCCGCUGUCAGGAAAGAGGUGGUACUCUUGCUCAUGUUUACAAUCAGAAGGUUCAAGAUAUCUUGGCUUUUUAUCUCUCAGAGGAAGUAAAAGUGACCACGGGCUCUGAUGCACAAAACUUCUGGAUUGGUCUGACCUUCAGGCCCCCAAAAGACUCAUUUCGCUGGGACAGAGGGGAAAUGCUCACUUUUAGCAGUUUUGCUUUUGGACAACCUAAUAACCAAGGGUUUGGGAACUGUGUGGAGCUGCAGGCGUCAAGUGGCUUUAACUGGAACGACCAGAGAUGUAAAACCCACAACAGAUACAUUUGCCAUUAUGCUCUGGAGCACAUUGCUCAGUGGGAAAAGUAGCAGUAACACAAGAGAUAGCUCUUGAUUUAAGCCAAACGUGAUGUUGAACUGCAAGUACUUAGAUAUUCCUGGAUUGUACAAGGAUAUACUACUGCAAACACUGUC